AUAAAAUAAAAAGAUUUAUACGAAGCAUUUUAUGUCAAUGGUAAUUUUCGCUCUGCGCUUUGUGUUCUACAUUUCUCCCCCAACACACUUGCUUACUUUUCCCUGACGUCAGAGAAGAAUACAUGCAUAGUUUGCUUACACUUGAAUCGAACGAAUUUUUGAUUUGCAUCAUAACUUAAUAAAUAAUAAUGGAUAUUGACGAGGAUUUUGAUAGCGAGGAAAGCGAUUUCGACGAGCGUUCCACAGUAGAUUAUAGCUUAAUCUAUGAUAUAUAGAUACAAAAAUGACAUUGACGCAACUGUGCGUAAGACUGUUCAAGUGCCCAAUAUUGAAGUUAAACUGCUUUGCAGAAGUUUAUCCGCAUAGUAGUCCAGACGAGGAUUUUGAAAGUUCGUCAGAUGUAAGCACGCUUGAACUAGAUCUACCAGCUCACAGACGAUACGUAGAGGCCAUUAUGGAGGAUAUACCGGUGCCUACGGAGAACACGUUUGAUGUAACAUUACCGGCGACACAUUCUUAUUUAGGACAAAAUUUAGAAGAAGUAAGGGGAAGAACAAUACUGGAUGAUGGCAUUUAUAUGAAUCUACCACUGUUGAUAAAACAGUCUGUAUUAUUUCCUGGUCAAACAUUACCUAUGACUGUUUUUGGCGCACAGACUAUAGAUAUGUUGCAAAACUGCAUACAAAAUGAUCGUACUUUUGGUAUUGUGUGUUAUGGUCAUCCUGAGAUGGAACGAAUAGGAACAACGGCCGAAAUUUACGAGUACACAGACGGAGGUAUAUGGAUGGAUCAUGGUCGGCGAGAAUUUCGCUUAAAAGCUAAAGGAAGACAGCGAUUUAAGAUAUUACGUAUUAUUACACAGGAUCACAAUAAAAUUUCGGCCAAUGUUAAAGUGUUACCAGAGAUAACACUUGGGCCACCAUUUUUGGACCAACGUUUGGCCUCAUUAGAUCGCUUGAGAGUUUUUUCUGAUUUGGAAGAAGACAUGAAAAAACAGGAGAAAAUAGAGAACUUGGAUGCUGCGGUGACUGCUUGGCCAGCUUGGGUUUAUAGGCAGUACGAUCCUAUAAGACUCUCCUUUAGAAUACGUCAACAUCUUCAGUUUCUUGAAACUAGAGGUGGUAGUAUACCUAAAGAUCCUAUAGAUUUAUCCUUCUGGGUUGCACAAAAUAUUCUAAUGGAUCAUGAUGAGAGACUUAUGUUAUUAAGUUACGAUUGUGCAAUUUCUCGUUUGCAAAGAGAAUUAAAGUAUCUUAUGGAGGAUAAAAUCUAUGUAUGUGUUAAUUGCGAAUCCUUUAUUGGAAGACAAUCGCAUAUGUUUCCAAUGAACAAGGAAGGUCCGCAGGGUACUUAUGUUAAUCCCGGCGGUGUUAUACACGAGACUAUAACUUUUUAUCAUGUUCAAGGAGUUAUGCUCAGUGAUGCAGCCCCUUCGACUGAGUACAGUUGGUUUCCUGGAUAUGCUUGGACAAUAGCUAUCUGUAAAGGCUGUCAUCAUCACGUCGGUUGGAAGUUUACAGCAGUGCAUAAUAAUUUAAGGCCCAAAACAUUUUGGGGCCUGACACGUAGGAGUUUGAAGAAUAAGAAGAAAAAAUAAAACAAAGAUAUACAUGUUUAAUGUGUGUUGGGUGUCAUAAAUGUUUUUAUAAUUUAGAUGAGAAUUUUUGACAAAUGUCUGAUAUAGUUAAUUUCUGUUAAGAUUUUUUCUCAGUUUACAAUCUUAUUUCAAUAACAUAUGAACAGAAUGAGAAUGAUAGAAUAGUGUGUAUUCUAUUUUUCAUGUAUUCACUCUAAUGCGGCAAAUACGAUUAAUGAAAAAACGCAAAAAUUUAGCUUAGAAGGAAAUAUCCGAUUUAGGAUAGAGAAAAAAUCUAACAUAAGAAAUCUUUGAAUAGAAGAAACUAACUUUACAUACCAUAAUUGAUAUACAAUCAAAAAAAAAAAAAAAGUUUAAGUGAUCAGUAAACUUGAGAAAGAUUUCUUUAUAAAAAUAAAAAUAAAGAAAGCAUAAUGUAUAUUAAAUAUUAGCUUAUACUAUUCUUGAUUACAAAUCAUGAUACAAUACAUUCUUUUCAAAAAUUCUCCUAGAUAUCCAAUAAAAACAUUUUUAUGAUACCCAGUAUGCAGUGCAUGAGUUUUGUUCUUUCUAUAAUUUAAUUAUAUACGCUUUGACAAUAGUGAUUUAUAAAAAUUAUAUAUGCAGAAGAUAAUUACAUCAAUAGCAAUUAUGUGUUAUAAUAUAAAAAACUUUGUGUACAUUUUAAGUGAUUAAGGCUGUUGCAAGGGAUGAUCAGUAGUCUUUCUAUUUGUAUUAAUUAAAAAUUAUAUAAAAUAUUGUUUUUUAAUAUGCUGAUAUUGCAGAGACUAUAUAAUUAGAAAACAA